AUGAAGUUUUUCUUUUACCUGUGCUUGCUGGCCCUUGUGGCUUUGGCCACUGGCAUGCCGCUCUCAUCUCCUCUCAACGUCACGCUCACCUCGACCGGAACCUCGAACAUGCAGGUCACCAUCCAGAACGUCGGCGAGUCCGAAGUCGCUCUCGUGACCGCCGGUAGCCUCUUCGACCCGCGUCCCGUCCAAAAAGUCACCAUGCAUUCAGGCAGCACUCCUCUGGUAUUCCGUGGCAUGAUCGUUGACCCCAAGCCCAUCGCCGCUCUCGUUCCGACCGAUUUGACCAAGAUUCAUGCUGGACAGUCUUUCUCCGUCCAAUUUGAUGCAGCGGAUAUGUACGACCUCUCUUCUGGCGGCACCUUCACUGCUGAGGCUGCUGGUUCCAUCUGGGAUGCCGAAAGCUUCGGCUUCAUAUCGUACAAAAGCAACCCAGUCAAGAUCACUGUCGGUGGAGUCGAGACUGCAAUGGUUGAGCGGCGCGACGAUCCUCCGGAAGACAUCCCCAAAAUCGGCGAAAGAUGUGAUGAUGACCAGAAGAAGAAAAUUGAGGAAGCUCUGGGAGGCUGUUCUCUGUACGCAGACGCUGGCGCUCACGCGACUUGGAACAAAACCUCGAACCACUUCUUCCUGAGAUACUUCAAGUCUUCCAAAGAGGCUGACCUGGACCUUGUCCACGACCGCCUCAUCGCCAUAUCGAACGAUUGCCUGGCAUUAUUCGGCCCCAUUGUUCAAGUCGAUUGCGCGAGCCAGAUGGACAAGCUCUGCGGUGGCGAUAAAAUGGGCUACACGACGAGAUUCGGGGACGGCCGGGCGUACAUCACCUUGUGUGGGCAUGCUUUCGCCUACAGCGAGCCUAUCGACGAAUCCUCCUGCACCAAAAUGGACAUGGCUGGCUUUCUCGUGGCUCAGCACGCUUCCUUCCCGGGCGUAUACGAUCCUCCGACCACCCGUGACAUCGAAGAAUACGAAAAAAGUCUCGGGUUGACAGCCAGGAAAGCACUAGUCAAUGCUGGGUCCUACAGGUACUUUGGAAAAGCUGCGUACCUUGACUGCAAGUCCUAG